GUUUAGUGAAAUUAAGUCAGACUUGAGGGGUCACACUAUAAUUAACUCAAAAGGCAACGUAUUAAACUUCCCUUUCGGAGCGAGCGCUGUCGACGGACCGACCUCUGAACAUCUGCAGUUCACGCGACCGAGCUUCCAUCGAUGGCGAACUUCUCCGUCUGUCGUGAUUCAUGCCCUACUGUAAAAAACAUUCUUCUUCUGGACUCUGAAGGGAAGCGCAUAGCAGUUAAGUAUUACACUGAUGAUUGGACAACUAAUAGUGCAAAGUCAGCAUUUGAGAAGUCCUUGUUUACCAAAACUCAGAAGAUCAAUGCUCGCACAGAAGCGGAGAUAGCAAUGUUUGAGAACAAUAUUGUUGUCUAUAAAUUCAUCCAAGACCUGCACUUUUUUGUAACUGGUGGUGAUGAUGAGAAUGAACUAAUAUUGGCCACAGUUCUUCAAGGAUUCAUUGAUGCAGUUUCUCUUCUCCUCAGGAAUAAUGUUGAGAAAAUGGAGGCACUAGAGAACUUGGAUCUCAUUCUUUUAUGCUUUGAUGAGAUUGUUGAUGGCGGGAUGAUCCUUGAAACAGAUGGAAGUAUUAUUGCCGGAAAAGUGGCCACUCACAGCAUGGAUGAUGCUGGUGCACCCUUGGGCGAGCAGACUAUAAGCCAGGCAUUGGCCGCAGCGCGGGAACAUUUAACAAGAUCCCUUCUCAAAUGAAGCAUCCAGAUUGCAGUGCGUUCGGAGAAAAUGAGUCAGUUCCAGUCUCUGAUUAUGUUUUCUAAACUCGAGAGAUCACAGUUGUAUUUCAUUUCUGAACAAGUUUUCUACACUCGGAUGGUUAGCAUCUCGGCUUUUGGCUCGAUGUAGUUUCAUUUAUUUUGCCCAGUCAGUGAAUGUUCGUUCGUUACAAUCUCGCUUUCCCCAACCCCAUUGCUAUAUAAUAUACUUCGGUGAAUGUUUAAUGUUCCCUUCA